UGUUUAUAACUAGAUAACGCCGACGCCUGAGAAACCUUCAAAACAUUUGCAUUCUUAAAAAAACAAUAAUCGGAAGUAGAGUUGAAUUAUAGAGGGCGUUGCGAAUACUCUGACAUGCGUACUACGGCACCCCGGUUGUUGUGAUGGCACUUGCUGCAAAUGGGGAAAAUGCUGGCACAAAUUUGAGAAUCGGUUCAUCAUAAUGGACAGUUAGACACAGGGAGUGCUAUAGAAGACAAGAAGACUUCCUUUCUGUAGAAGAAGUCAGGGGUGAAGGCCAGAGAGGACAUGGGGUCUCGACGAACAAGUUCCUCCUCGUCAAUGUCUGUGACUGACACAGAAACCACAAACAAGCCAGCAAAGAAGACACCAAAUGAUUUUAUCUUUGGCAAAGCUAUUGGAGAAGGAUCUUUUUCAACUGUGUACCUUGCGAAGGAGGUUGGCGUGGAUAAAGAAGUAGCAGUGAAAGUUUUGGACAAGAGGCAUAUAAUCAAAGAACGCAAGAACGAAUAUGUGAUGAGAGAAAGAGAGGUUCUCAUGAAGUUAAAUCACCCCUUCUUCAUUCAACUCUUCUGCACAUUUCAGGACACAGAGAGACUUUAUUUUGUGUUGAGUUAUGCAAGAGGGGGAGAGCUGCUCCACUACCUGAACAAGCUGUCAUCCUUUGAUGUUGCAUGUACACAGUUUUAUGCUGCGGAAAUAGUGAUAGCGCUCCAGCAUCUACGUAAUCUGGGCAUCAUCCACAGAGAUCUCAAACCCGAAAAUAUUCUUCUAAAUGAUGAGAUGCAUAUCCAGAUCACCGACUUUGGGUCAGCCAAGAUUUUGAAAGACUCUUCUCCAGUAGAAAACUCUAAAGGUGGAGAUGGCACUCCAGCCUCGGGUGGGCGGCGGAACUCCUUUGUUGGAACUGCCCAGUAUGUGUCCCCGGAAGUACUCACGAGCAAGAAGGCAUCAUUCAGCUCGGACUUGUGGGCGUUAGGAUGUAUCAUAUACCAGUUCCUGGCAGGCUUGCCGCCAUUCAGGGGAGGGCAUGAAUACCAAAUAUUCCAGAAAAUAACAAAAUUAGAGUAUGAUUUUCCCGAAGGUUUUCCAGAUUCAGCCACAGACUUAGUAGAAAAGUUAUUGGUCAUAGAUGAAACAAAUCGUUUGGGUUGCCCAGAGUUAGGAGGAUUUGGCCCACUGAAAGAUCAUGAGUUUUUCAAGAGCAUCAAUUGGGACACUUUGAAAGAUGGACCUGCACCCAAAAUGAUGCCAUAUCUACCAGCAACUAGUCAUAACCCUGAGCUGUGGAGCUCAGAGAGGGUUGGCUUUGAUGACAAGAGACUAGUUGAGAUAAUAACAGACACAGUUAUGACGGCUGACGAGCGCAAGAAGGAGCUGGAGAGACAGGCCACAGGUAACAAGUACCACCAGUUUGUGGAGGGCAACCUUAUCCUCAAACAAGGCUUGAUAGAUAAACGGAAGGGUCUGUUUGCCCGGAGGCGCAUGUUGUUGCUGACAGAGGGCCCCCACCUGUACUACGUUGACCCUGCCAACAUGGUCCUCAAGGGACAGAUACCAUGGUCCAAAGAACUUCGUCCUGAAGCCAAGAAUUUCAAGAUAUUCUUUGUACAUACUCCUAACAGGACAUAUUACUUAGAGGACCCUGAAUCCCGAACGGAAGAAUGGGUUCGUAAGAUAAGGGAUGUGUGGAGGCGGUACUACAGUUCCGACAACAAGCCAGUGGAGAGGCCCUAGCCAUGGUGGGACUGUGUGUGUGGCAUACUGACAUACUGACAUACCUAGCAUACUGGAUAUCCAUGUGCUCUACAAGCUGUAAAUGCUGUACACAAAGAUAAAUCUAGGCCACACAACGGAGGGAUUCCUUCAGUAUCACUGCACAUUCCCAUCAAAUUCUAAUCUUCACGGGGGAUUAUUCUCAUUCAGAUAUGAGCCGCCAAACUUUUUCACUUGUUUUAUAAAUGACCAAUGGCCAUUGGAACAAUCUCCAAGGAGACAUGUAAUACUGUAAUCAUCCACCAUUAAAGUUAAUGAAAUGGAAGUUACGAAAGCAGCCAAUGAGAGAGGUUGUUACAAUCCUGUUUAUGAUUGUCAUGGUCCAAUCACAAUUUGUGUUUCAAAGUGGAAUAAUCUGUAAUCAGUCUUGCCACUUGGUAUUCAUAUCUGUGAAUGUCGGAAAACACUUUAAUGCAAGUACAUGUAGGUUGUAUUAGUGCGUCCAUAGGUGCUCACAUUAAUGUGUAAUUCCUCCCCCUUACAUCCCCCCCUUUGUUGCCAUCCUAGAUUCAUCUCUGUGUAUAUGCUCCCAUAGUCAAGUUAUUAGCAGUCUGCUAUGUAUUCCCAAUUAAAACUUAAUACUCCAAUCUAGUACUAUUCUAUUCCACUUUUGAUAGGGAUAAUGAUGUCAGGUAUAGUGAACUAUACACUUGACUUAUUACCGGUUUUAGAACCAUGUGUGUAUCAUGGAAGGAUAAACAAUAUCCCCAUCAAAUGUGAAGUAGGAUAUAAACAUUUGUACUUCAAAUAAGGUUAGCAAAUCUGUCUUAAGAAAGGAUUAUAUUCCUUUGACUCUUUCUGUUUUGCUGUUGAUAAUUAAUUUAAAGAAUUUCACUUUAAUUCUGAACUUAACUUUUAACAGUGUUUCAUGCAAUAGAUGGGACUGCUUCCAGACAGUACCUAUGAUGUGGUUCUGUUGCCAUGGUUGCUGUUGUCUGUUAAUGUUACGCAAUGUUGCUUGUGUAUGGAUUCAUUCAUCUGCACUAGUUGCUAAAGUAAUGUAUGUUUUGCUGCUUCUGCAUCUUAGCACAUGCAGUCUUUUCUGUUUUUGUCUUUCAAAUAGUCAUGGAAUGUGCCAUAAAUAAGUCCAGUCCAUUCUUCAGGACGUCAUCACACCUCACUCAGUCUUAUUAAAAUCCCAUCUUUUACUCUGAGACAAAACCCCUAUGCGUGUCCAUUUGAUAAACCUGAUGCUACCUCCUAUGGAGGGAUUUCAGAUCUUCACAAAGUUAUCGUAUCAGAGGGAAAGAUCUGAUCUUAAUGAAUUUGUGUGGAUCAUUUGUCUGCAAGUCAUGACAAUGCCAGAAAUUGUUUACCUGUGUGGAAUAUGUUCAUUAUCGGAAUCAUGCCUAUGUGGUAUUAUGCACUACAUCACUAUCAAUGUGAUGCCAUUGUUGUUCAUCACGGGGGACAGUGCAGUGGUCGAGGUCGCUGCAGUUCAUUGUACAGAGUUGCAUCCAUUAGUCGAGUCAGGAUCUGCAGAUCCUGGGUUAAGAUCCCAGUUUGUGAUCAUGGUUUUGUCAGCACCACAGCCAUGCUUGUAAGUCUCACCCAAGUGGUAAACAUCCGAUACCUGCAUUUCUUUAGGCCUCCAACAUAAGCUGACAAGCCAGGAUAUUACUGAAAUACUGUUUGAUAAUGAUAAACUCACUAAUUCACUCCUCUUUGUGAAGCCUAAAUAUUAAAUCAUUCAAAAUAACAUGGGCAUGCCAGAAAUGUGUAAUCGUGAGUUCGAAUCCCAGUUUGCCCGAUUAUGUUUCUAUGUUUAUCAGCGCCAUGACCGUACACGUGGGUUUCACCAAAGUGGAAAAUGUCUGAGUCCUGCAUCCCUUAGGACUUUCUUCCCACAUCAAGCUGAAUGCCGUGAUAUAACUGGAAUACUGUCCAAAGGAGUUAAACGCAACUCACUCAAAAUAAUAUGCCCCACCUGCCGUGAAGCCACAUUCUGUAAGCUGUUUCCAGAUGGUACAUGGAAUUAUUACGGUACCUGAAAGGUUCACAUGUUAUUUAGAUAAAACUUUGAGCACCACAUCAGAAAUUGCCAAGUCAAUUUGUACCCAUAAUAGUGUGAGUAAAGUGCAAAUGAACAAAUUUGCUGGUCGAACCUUUUGCUUCAGUAAUCAAUCAUUAAAGCUAUAGUACAUAGAAGCUGAAAUUGCAAAUCUCUGAAUCCAGUGUGUCAUUGUGUUGAGAUUGUUCUGUAGUAGGCUGUUUUUUCUCUCCUUGUUUUUUAUAUGUAAGACUGAUGCUUUCACUUCUCGUUAAAACUACCGGUAUUCUUUUUUGCUAGUUGUAGUGCAAAUUAGUUUUUUUCUUGUUACAUUAUUUUUAUCAGUAAGAAUAUUAUGGUGAUGUUAUUAAUUAAUUAAGUGCAAUUUCAUGAUUUAUUGAACCUAUGACGCAGAACCCAAAACAUGCCUCUCCAGCAGGGGGUGCUCUCCAUGCAGUCACCGUCUAGAGUUACCUCACCUCAAGCCCUCAUUUUCCAUCUCUGAUCAGCUGGCAGCAUGUUGUAAGCUAUUCUUUAAUAUCCUUUGACAUCGGCUUAAAAAAUUGUUCUUUUUAAUACUUUUGUGAAUAAUCUUUCCUUUGGAAGGUUAUUACACACAUGAAGUGCUGACAUCGUUGUGGGUCAGCAGACCAGAAUUAGUUUACCAUGCCCUCUGUGCGAGAAUAAUAGGAAGAUUUGUAAGUACAAGCACCACGUCUACUGUCACCAGUUGGAUGACUAGAUCAACAUAUCUACUGCAGUUGUGUUGGGACAGAGCAGUGCAGCUCUUUUAAUUGUCUCAAGGAUUCCUUUACUCAUACUCAGCUUAUAGCUAUGCUGCUUUUUAGUCAGCUGGAGGUGAUCGUCAACUAGAAACAUCCUGCCCCCCGAAUGAAUUUUGUGCAGCUUUUAGAUGAAAGGAAAACGAGAGCUAAAGGGGAGGUAACUCUGGCCGAAGACUUGAUGGAGACACAUGCAAUAUGUUUAUAGGAUCAAAGAAAGAAGGAAAGUGCUAAUAUCAUAAAUAUACUAUUUUCUUGAAUUUAAUUUAUUUACUCUUUGAAAAUUUAUCCAAAAUGAAGUAUGUAUCUAUUAAAAAAUAUGACAUGUAAAAUAGUAAAUGAUGCACCUUCCCACCAGAUAAAACAGUUCUAUACGAUUGCUUGUAUCCAUAACCACGAUCAUAUAUAAUAGUAACUCGUUCAGUCAUGUGUACUGUCAAUGUAGUUGAAUCCCUCCUUGAGUUAACACACCAGUACUGUGUUGAUUUGUUGCAGACAUUUGUCCUGUAUAGAAAUGUCUUGCCACUUACGGAACCCCUAAUCUGUGUUUUGUUUUGUUGUUGACAAAUCUGUACAAUGUAUAAAGUUUUGUUGUUAUUAUUAUUUGUAAAUAUUGUAUUUUGAGAUUGAUAUCCCGAGUCUUAGUGGCCCACUCCCUGAAUUGAUUGUUAACUUCCAUUAUUUAUACUGUUAGUACACAGAUAGGGCUACUUUUACGUGCAGCUAACCAGUCCACUCCUUGCACCCUUCCUCCUACAUGCUAACUAAAGGGUUACUUUACUUGGCUGAAAAGUUUAGAAAAUCUGUUCUCAGGUAACAGCUUUUAACAUAUUAUCACAAAUGUAGAGAUUAUUUGUAAAACAUCAGUUCCAAAAGGUUUACUACUUAGCCAACUGCUAAGAAUUUUCCUCCUUUUUUAGUGAAAUUUACAUUUGGGCUUCUCAGCUCAGUUUCAAUUUUACUGUUAUUUCUAUUUUAUUUGUCUUCUAGCCCAAACUUGUCGUUCUGAGAAACUUUCAGUAAAAUUUAAUCUUAGAAUGUAGAUCAUCAUCUGUACUUUGUGGGGGGUGUUUAUGCUUGGAAUGAAGAGUACACUCACCACUGAAGUAUGUUGACAAUGCAUUGGCUUAGCUUACUGGACCAAUUCAUUUUUAUGUUACUCAGGCUUCUCAUUAUUGCAGACUGAAUUUGGUCCAUCACUUGGUGUGGAGGGGUGUCUAGAAACAUGUAAACAAUAUACUGAUCUUGCUAGGGGGCAUUUGCUGAUGCCAGGGACCUGGCAACCAAUCUCAUUUUCUUAUUUUUAGCCUUAGGUAGUUAAGCAAAGUGUAUCUUGAUAAAGGCAAGGGUUUCCUGUGUGGAGUAACUGCACAACAUUGAUAAUCUGCACGUGAAAAAAAUUCUUGGAAAUCAAACCGUCAACAUACAUUUUGUUCCUAUGAUUAUAUAUGGUUAGAAGCAUUGGUCUGGUCAAUAUUUGAAAAUAAAAUCAGAAUUUUAUCAUAACCCA